AUGCGCGCUCCCGGGACCCCAGCCCCAGGCCGCCCGGCCCUGUCCUGGAUGCUGCCCCUGCUGCUACUGCUGCUGGUCGUUUCGGGACGAGCAGUUCCUUGUGGUUUUGGUGAUUUGCCGAAACCUACAAAUCUCACCUUCGUAUCUGUCAACAUGAAGAACGUCGUGCACUGGAAUCCGCCAGAAGGUCUACAUGGAGUUGAAGUCACAUACACUGUGCAGUAUUUCAUAUAUGGGCAGACGAGAUGGCUGAGUGCCUCUGAGUGCAGAAACAUCAGCAGAACCUGCUGUGAUCUGUCUGCGGAGACUGCAGACUAUCAGCACCAGUACUAUGCCAAGGUGAAGGCCCUCUGGGAAACCACGUGUUCUGGCUGGGCUGAAACGGAACGGUUCUAUCCUUUCUUAGAAACACAAGUCGGCCCACCAGAGGUCGCCCUGACAACUGGUGAGAAGUCCAUCUCUGUGGUCCUGACAGCACCGGAGAGGUGGAAAAGAAGUCCAAAGGACGACACUGUUUCUAUGCGACAAAUAUACCCCAACCUGAAGUACAACAUGUCUGUGUAUAACACUAAGUCGAGAAGAACGUGGUCCCAGUGUAUCACCAACAGCACACUGGUGCUCAGCUGGCUGGAACCAAGCACCCUGUAUUGUGUCCGUGUGCAGUCCCUUGUCCCCGGGCUCCCUCGUGUCACUCUGCCUUCUCGGAAGCAAUGCAUUAGUACUUUGGAAGCACAAACGUCAGCAUUGAAGGUUAAAGUCAUCUUCUGGUAUGUCUUGCCCACAUCUGUUCUCGUGUUCCUUUUUUCUGUGAUUGGCUACUCAGUCUACCGUUACAUCCGUGUGGGCAAAGAAAAACACCCAUCAAAUUUGAUUUUGAUUUACGGAAAUGAAAUCGGCAGAAGAGUCUUUGAGCCCGCUGAAACAAUCAAGCUUAAUUUUAUCACCCUCGAUGCGUUGGAUGAUUCUAAGAUUUCUCAAAAGGAUAUGAGUUUGCUGGGAAAAAGCAGCAAUGACUCCCGCAGUAACGACCCUGAGCUCAGCGGAAGCUGCAAGCCACGUCUAGAGGAGGUGGAGGAGCAACGCUUAAGACCUUCUUCUCACUUGAUGGACGUUGCCUGUGGUGCCGAGCAAACUGACCGAGAUUCCUCCCGAACCCAGUACAAAUGGCUUGGCAGCACCAUGCUCACAGGGGAGGCAGACACUCAGCCUGAGUACAAAAUCCUAACUGACUGCUACAGGAUGGGAGAAGACCAGCAGUUCUGUGGGCAAGGAGCUGCAGCCAGAGCAGGGAAAUUAUCUGAGCCACAAGUGGCUUUAGCAAACUCAGACCGGCAGCAAGAACAUCUACAUCACCCAGGGCGGGGGCAUCCUACCUCAGAUUGGCCAGAGGAAGAGCCGUCUACAACACUAGUGGAUUGGGACCCUCAGAGCGGCAGGCUGUGCGUCCCUUCCUUACCCAGCCCUGUCCAGGAUCCUGAGGGCUACGGACAUUGUGAGAGAGACCAGCUCUCGGAGGAUGGCCUCUUGUCUACAUUCUACAAGAACCACGUGCCUGACAAGUCAGAGGAAGAAAAGGAAAGGUAUCUCAUGCAGUUUAUGGAGGAAUGGGAAUUACACAUAGAAAUGGAAAGCUAGCCCCAGGCUUUCUGUUGAAGACUUCUGUGACAGGACACGUGCCUGUCAACAAGCGAACAAACCCGUUCCAGUGUAGGUCGACCUGUGUGUCAGAUUCCCUGGUGUUUGCGACGGCUCUUUCUUCUCUCAGUUUACACACUUGGUCGGCUCUGCCUCCUCCAGGGGGGUCAACUUACACAGGACUCCCUUCCCAAUCCACAGCGAGUCCUGGAGGACAGGAACUUUCUGGAACACAAAGCCCUGAGCCUUGUGGUAGACAGAGUAAGCAUUUGAAGGGUGAGUGGGGACUUUAUACAGAAGAGUGGACCACGGUCACAAUUUAUUCUUUUCUGACAAAUAUGGCCUAUGCAUUCAUUUCUGGGCCUUUACUGCAUGCAUGUAAC